GUCUGACGUCUCACCUAAUCGGAAGGCCUCGGGAACCAGGCUACACAAACACCACACUAUCCUCAUGGCGGAAAACUCAAGAAUUAGGUAUUUUAGAGAAGUAGUUGUUCCUUCCAAUUCAGGGUCUAAAUGGAAGGAAAGACAUAUCAAUACAGUGGCUUCGGUGAGCACACUUCAGGACAUCAAAGUCCCGGACAGCAGCGGGGGAUACACCUUUACAGAAGGUGGAGUCACAAACAGAUUUAUAUACUGGAGGACAACCAGCAACGUCUUGGAGCUGGUGGAGGAGAGUCUGGACUAUAACUUGUUGGGGUCACAGAUCCGGUUCCACUUCCAUGACACUCAGAUCAUUGGGGGAAUUUCCAUUCACGAAUCCCAUGGAAAUGUGAUUGUAUUGGUUGUCACGGCAAUCAGUGUACACCGUUUGGUUUUUCCUCAUCCAAGUAAACUGAUAAAAAAUAACAUUGGAUAUACCCAGAGCAGUCAACCGUUGCCAUCAAUCUUCAACUAUGCAUCAGACUUGGAGAGUCAUUGGAGUAAAUAUCUGUUGAACCAUGGCGGGAAUUUCUCAUCACAGAUCCAGGCAGCUGCUUCCUCUCAGAACAUGGAGGGAGAGGCCCAGUUUGCUCUCAGUAGUAAUGAGGGGAGCGUUCUUUUGAUCAAAAUGCCUCCCCUUAAUAUUCAAGGCAUUGUGCAGCAGUUUGAACUCUUCAAGUCUUCAAUGAUGCAGAAGUUGUGGACCCAGCUGGUUCCUGUAGCCAUGAGGGGGAGUCAGGGAUCCCUGGAGUCAGCCACGGGACUGGUGAUCCAUCCCUUCAGGGGAGACACCUACGUCUUUGCCAUCUGCAGGGACCACAAAAUCAGGGUGUGGUCUACUAGGAGUCUUGAGUGUGUUUCUAUAUACAACAUCUUGGAAACUUGUCCUGAGCUUAAACAUGCACCGCCUGCAACUGGUGCCGGCCAUAAGCUGGUUAAAGUGAUGACAAGUGAUGCUGUCAACUUGCUAUUAUGUGUCCAUCUGAACUUUAAAGAGCGUAAUCAGUUUUGUUUUGUACAACCUGAACUACAGAGCGGCCGUUUGCAGCACUUGCAUGUUGCGACAGUGGUGGGUGUGGCCGAGGAUUUGAUUGACUACUGUGUGACCGCGGAUAAGCUGUGGACCCUGUGGACCAAUAGCUCAGGGGAGAGCAUCGCACGAGUCUGCCACAUGUCCGGAGAGCUUCGAGAAGGUAACUGGGUUGAGGUAAUACUUCACCCUUCAGACGCUGGGGAGAUCUUGGUCAGCCAGCACACUGACCCCAGGGAAGUCUACACAGAGAAAAUGUUCCAACCCAAACGAUUCAACCUGUACGACAUACACAAAGCUCUAAAUGUGUACAGACGAUCAAUGAAUGCCACUGUUCCCUCAGACCUGGACAUUAAUACACUAAAACAUGAAGUCACAGAGGCCGUGGAGGAUGCUAUUCGAAAUUCAGCAAUGGCCAAUGAAAUAUCAGAAGAAGAGUACUGUGAUUUACAGAUGGAGCAGUGGUCCAAGUUCUACUCAGGGGUUGUUCAAUAUCAAGAGGUUGGAGGAAAAAUGAAAGGUUUCUUUGUUGAACCCAGCACUGGAUUAGUGUGCAUUAUCAAAAAGGGUGGACUGAGCUUUAUUAGACCCUGUGAUCCCAUUGAAGAGCUGUACCUGGGUGAUGGACAUUGGUCAGCUGAAGACUUGAAUGAGAUUACUUUGGCGGAUUUGAGGACUUUGGGGAUGUGUCUAAGUUUGAUUGGCAGCAAGAUCUCAGAGGACAUGGUGGUCCAGUUUGAGGACUCCCUUCUGAUGAAGGAGUCGCCAGAGGAGGCUGUGAGGCCCAUAGUAGAGGACCUUUUCUUCAACACAAGCUUGGUUGAAAUUUCCCUGGAUUCAUUGGGAGCAUUGGUUCAGAACAUACAUGAUUUACCAAACUGUCUGCAUCUCGUACUAAACUCCUUAGAUCUCACCAAGGCUACACUAGAGGACGAGGAAAGUGAUAUGGAGAGUGAGCAGCAGCUGAUAGAUGGACAGAUUUUGACCAGUGAUUCAGCCAUUGAUUUUCUGACCACAACUCUCCAUCAGACGUCGGACACGCGGUUCCGAGUUCUCCGGGAUCUCCUGUUGUUCCUGACCUCUACCAUCAGCCUCGGAGACCGGGAUGGAAUCACCCCUGAGGUCAGUGAGACCCUUUAUGACAUGAUCCCUAGGACCAGUUCUCUACUACAGUCAUAUGCUGUGUUGAAGUGGGCAUCAACUAAAGUGGCCACUGUCAGCCACUCAAAUUCAUUGGAAAUGAAUCUGCGGCUGCUAGCCAGUCUUGAGGUAGCAGAAAACUCUGGAUUGACUAAUGUGCAGAAAGCAGUCUCCUCCAAUGUGACUGUUGCUGAACUCUUCAUUCGAGGCAUCGGUGGCAACCAAGCACGAGCAAACCUCAGUCGCACAGAAAGAAUCCUGGACAACACAGGGCAGCUGUGCAAUUGGGCCAUUCUAAGAAUAACCAGAUCUAUCCAAUUUUUACUGUGGCCUCUGAAUGAAAACUUCCUGUUUCCAGAAUUUCUUGCCAGCUGUUGCCAGUACCUCCCUCUGCAAGAAUAUUGUUUUCAGUUAAAUCAUUGGUGUGAAGUCAAUCCUGCUUCCAGAAAAUUCAUGCUUGGGCUUUGUUAUCUGCAUUUUGGAGAGGCACAAAAGGCUGCACAGUGUUACACUGAGGCCAAGGCAGGACUGCAGACAGAGGCCUUCCUAACACAGAGUCUGCUGCAGACGGACGAGCUCAACCCCCGGGUCUUGGAAGUUCUCUAUUACCUCAAGGUCAUUCGACAAUUUGAGGAGUUUGACUAUGCUGAUACAGUUGUCCACUUAGCAAGAACAGCCAUAAGUAUUGCAGACCAAGAUGAUGAAAAUACUGCCACUUUGUGGUCAAAGAUUUUCAAGUAUCAGCUGGAAAUGGGUCAUAAUGAUGAAGCAUACAAUGCCAUGGUUAGCAACCCUGACCCAUCAAGGAGAAAAGACUGCCUGCGACAGCUUUUGGUGACAUUGUAUGAGAGAAAGGAUCUUCAAACACUAGUGGGGUUCCCUUACAUUGAUCUUCAAGAAGAGGUGGUUUCUAUCUUGGAGUCUAGAGCGAGAACAGUGGACAUUACUACACAGAACUACUACGACAUUCUCUACGCUUUCUAUGUGACCAGAAACAACUUUGGAAAGGCGGGGGCUGUAAUGUACGAGCAUGGUAUGAGGCUAGGGAGGGAGGUUCCUCCUAAACAGGGCCUCCAGAAGCAGGCCCACUGUUACCUAGCAGCCAUGAACGCCCUCCGACUGGUCAACCCAAUAUAUGCAUGGAUUGUGAAACCUUCUGUGUGCACUGAAAUGCAGGUGAUGUCGGGCAAGGACAAUUUUAAUGGAGACGAGAAAGGAGACAUAUCAGCGACAAAGAGAGUGGAGAUCUUGGAACUUGAGGACAUCGAAAAGGAGUAUAUAUUAGUUGAUGCCCGUCUAGAGCUGCUAAAGCAAGAUAAAAGCAACUCAGUCGGAUCAGGUCCUACCCCUGGAGCGGACGAGAUGGUAGGAUUACUGGUGAAUGCUGGGAUGUAUGACAAAGCGCUGACAAUUUGUCAGCUCUUUGGGAUGAAACUGAUAUCUGUGUUUGACAGUCUGGCACUUAGAUGUGUCAACCUGGCCAAAAGCUGCAGCCACUUAACACUGGCCGACAGUACUACUCUGACGCAAGCCUGGGACUGGCUCAAACUGAACGACCUGCCCACCCCUGGCCUCAAGGAAAGCAGUGCUGCAGACUCUGCCUGGAGCCUCCUUCAGCACUACCUGAGGGUCCACGAGGACAGCACCGCCCAGCUCCACCGCACGGUCACCAUCCGCCUCCUCUCCCAGGGAUUCCCACUACCCUCCUGGAUGAUCAAAUCAUAUAAGGAGUUGCACUGGUCCGAUCUGCUGCGGCGGUACGUGGACUAUGACCAGCUGGAGGAUGCGGUGGUGCUGACCGUGGAGUAUGUGGAUGCCUUACUGUGGACAUACACCGGCCAUGACUGCCCUGAAUUCAAUCUCAAGUCCUGCUCGAGGCCGGUCCCUCAAAGCAGCUGGUUACCUUACACCUGCAUAGACCAAUUAUCUCAAGCUCUAAAAGACAUGAAACAAGAUUCACACCAUGAAAGGCUGGCUGAAAUGCUGGAGUACAAGCUGGCUAUCUACUUCCAGAAAAUGAGACACCUCUCCGAACAGAUUUUGACGAAAUAACUGACAGUUCUUAUUUCUCCACUCUAUUUCAUUGCAUGCAAUUAAAUUCUUUCUUUCAUGCAGAAACACUCUUUUUCAGGUCAUUGAAUGUUAAAUUUCUCUCAUCAAGGUACUAUAUCGGAUAUUUGUCCUUUAGUCUGUGCUCUCUGAGAACACAGGAAAUUUGUUGUAUCGUUUUCAUUUUUUUCAUGAAUUUAAAUAAAUUGUUUUGUAAUGCAAA